UUUUUUUUCGUUCUCCGAACCCGGCUGUUGUGUGCGCGAGCGUGUGAAUGUGAGAGGGGAGUGCGGAAAGAAAGAUGUCGGGAAGGACCAUGGGGCAACAGCGUGGAGGAACUUUGUCCGUGAAAUCGGCCAAGACAUAAAGCGGUUCUUUACUCGACCUGACGGGAUUUUGUGUUAAAAGGGACAUUGUGAGUGGAUUGUCUGCGCACUGAGGUGGGAUGUUAUCGGUACUCUCCUAUGGACGGAUCGUUGCCAGGGCCGUCCUGGGCGGACUCUCUCAAACCGAUGGCCGGGAUUAUAAGUUGGUCACGGCGAGCUGCGGUUUCGGCAAGGAUUUCCGUAAGGGCAUCCUCAAGAAGGGCAUGUGCUACGGGGACGAUGCGUGCUUCAUAGCGCGCCACAGGUCCGCCGAUGUCUUAGGAGUGGCAGAUGGGGUGGGUGGGUGGCGUGAUUAUGGCGUCGACCCGUCUCAGUUCUCGGAGACUCUUAUGAGGACGUGCGAGCGGUUGGUGAAGGAGGGACGCUUCACUCCAAGCAGUCCCGUGGGGAUCCUCACCUCAGGCUACUAUGAGCUCCUACAGAACAAAGUACCUCUGCUGGGCAGCAGUACAGCGUGUAUAGUGGUGCUGGACAGAAGGAGUCAUCAAAUCCACACGUGUAAUCUGGGGGAUUCGGGGUUCCUGGUGGUCCGGGGCGGUGAGGUGGUCCAUCGUUCCGACGAGCAGCAGCACUACUUCAACACGCCCUUUCAGCUGUCAAUCGCCCCACCAGGGGCCGAGGGGUCCGUGCUGAGUGACAGCCCUGAAAUGGCAGACAGGUCUUCGUUCGACGUCCAGCUUGGUGACAUCAUCCUCACCGCCACGGAUGGGCUUUUCGACAACAUGCCGGACUACAUGAUCCUGCAGGAGCUCAAGAAGCUCAAGAACACAAAUUACGACAGCAUCCAGCAGACGGCACGCAGUAUAGCAGAGCAGGCCCACGAGCUCGCCUACGACCCAAACUACAUGUCCCCCUUCGCCCAGUUCGCCUGCGAUAACGGCCUCAACGUCAGAGGAGGAAAACCCGAUGACAUCACGGUGCUGCUCUCCAUCGUGGCCGAAUACACAGACUGAUUGGCGGAGCUUGUCGUCUGUCUUUCUCUCUCUCUCUCUCUCUCUCUCUUUCACUCUCUCUCUCUCUCUCUCUCUCUCUCUCUUUCACUCUCUCUCUCUCUCUUUCUCUCUCUCUAGUCCUCGUGUCUUCCACCUCGUCUGCCGCUCGUCUGGAACCGUCUCUCGCCCCAUCCUUCUUUUCUGUCCUUGUCCUGAGUAGCUCACGGGAAGAAGAGGAGAGCAUGGACUUGCCGCUUUUGGUGGACAAUGAUUCUAUAGGAGGCUGACACACCAGAGGAUCAUGGGAGGAUGAGUCACCUGCUCGUCCCACGCCUCUGUCGCACGUGAUCAAGUUGUAGGUUGCGGAAUGGGAGAGCGAGCUGUGUGUUAUCCAAGGUGCUUCUAAAACGAGAGCGAUCUCUCAGCGCUGGACACUGUAGGGGAGAUUUUUAUUUUUAGCCCCUUUUAUAGCUGGGAGAAUGUAAAGUGUGUAUGUAAGAGUCGGUUAAGAUUGUCUGCUGUUUGAGAUUAUGCUUCUGUAAUGUGUGUGUGUGUGUGUGUGUGGUAUAAUUGGCGGGUUAAACGUGUGUGUUUCAUGUCACUCGGUUCAGCAAGCGCAGCUCAGGAUUAUGGUCACAUGGCUCCACCCCAUUUUAAAAAAAGACUAAGCAGAAAAUGCCUGCUUCUCUAUGGUGAUAUGAAAAUGUGGGCGUGGCCAGCGGAGCACAGAAGAAGCAGGACAAAGAUGCAAAACUGGUUGCUUGGUCAUUUGUGUGCUUUUUCUUUUUUCUUAGAAAGACUGUAAGCUGAUACCGUAAAGUGCGUGUGUGUACUAGGGAGAAUUCACAAGACACACAAGGGUUAAGUGUGGCAUUAACGACUUACUGAACUGCAUUGUGGGUAAGUGGUGGGUUUGUAAUGUGCUUAUAAAUUAAAGCAGCGGUUCGGGACUGUGCACAGAUGCAAAUUUCCCAUAAUAAUCCCAGCCAUACUAGCUUAAAAACAUUGAUUUUUCUAGUCCAUCUCCUGGUCUCGUGUGGCUCGAGUACAGUGCAAUGAUCUUCCUGAUGAGUUCUGGUGAUGUUUAAAAAUUGAAGAUACGGCCAUUUCAUAUUUCGAUGGAUUCGAUGCAUCCGUCUUUCAUCUCUUUUUCUCUCUCUCUUUAAUUCUCUGGCCUUUCAGGAGGCAAAAAUCUGCUGCGAUUUGUUAAGAAAAGCAAUCCAAUCCAGAGAGACAGGAGUCUUAGUAGUUAAAAGUGAACUCAUAUUGAACUUGCAGACUUAUCGCUUUAUGCUUUACCUUGGAAAUGAGAAGUCGGAUCUCAUUAUUACGUGAUCUUUAUCCUCCAUGUUCAAACUGAGAUCUUUGAGUAGGAAUUCCGAUUUGGUUGAAGGUUUUCCUGGUUGAAGGUUUUCUGAAGCGAUCAUGAGAUUCAGUCCAAAGCAGCAGUUUCCAACAGAAGUUCUGUGAACUCUAGAGGUCCAUGAAGGUCCUACGACUGUGUCUGAAAAUUUAAAACCACGUUUAUAGAUAUUCUUAAUCUUGUUCUUUCUAAAGCAAACUUUUACUCAAAAACUUUCCUCAAACUCUACUGUAGGUUUCUGUAUAUAGUUAUUUCUUCCUGUAUGCCUGCCUGCAGUAUUUCCUAAUAAACCUACAUGGCUCACCUUCAUCAGAUAAAAUGUAAAAAAACAAAACAAAACGAGUAACCCUGACCAGGAUAAAGAUGAAUGAGUGAACACGGCCCUGUACGAGCUAAACGUCACGUCCAACACGCUCGUGUGUUCCUGAACUUUGACCACCCGUUCCCAGGACUUUUUUUUUUUUUGGGUAGCGUCCCAGGAUCUCCCAGUCCUGAUGCACACCUCAGUAACACCCACGGUAUUCCAGUCAAUUUGUCCUCAUGAUCUGUUCAGAAAACAGUACGUGUCCUCUCUAUAGCUGUGUGAAAUAUCCUUGAAUAGUGUCAAACCAGAUUCGUACCAUGUUUAUUCCCCUUUCUUGUUUCUUGUGUUAUAUACUUUAACUCUCAUAGGUUGUGUUGAUGGGCAGCAGUGCUGCCUAACAACAAGAAGGUCCUGGGUUCGAAUUCCAGGUUCGAACAGGCAGGGGGCCUUUCUGUGUGGAGUUUGCAUGUAUACUGGUUCCUCCCACAGUCCAAAAAACAUGUACAUUAGGUUGAUUGGUCAAUCUAAAUUGCCCAUGGGUGUGAGUGUGUGUGUGUGUGGUUGUCUGUCUAUAUGUGUGGCCCUGUGAUGGACUGGUGACCUGUCCAAGGUGUACAUUUUUGCCCAAUGUGUGCUGAGAUCCCUGCGACCCUAAUUAGGAUUAAAGUGGGUAUAGAAAAUGGAUGGAUAGGUUGUGUUGAUGUCCCAAAAAUCAGCAUGAUAAAAGAAAUACAAUAAUCAGAUUUUUCCUUGCCCGUCACUCCAGCCACACUGGACCACAGACAUGGACUCUUUCAUCCAUGUUCUCUAAUAUCAAGUGCUGUCGAAAUUGUGUUGCAAGCCGACGUCUAUAGCGUAGAAGGUGUGUUUUUAGAGGAGCUGCACACGCACAAACGCCUGUGUGGAAGUCUGUUCAUGAAAUCACUAGGUCAGGUAUGUAAAGAAAAAAGAAAAAAAAACAAAAAGUUUUAUUUUUAUAAGCUCUUCGUUUUUAGCAGAGCUGAGAAGCGACUGAUAGUCCAGCUGUUAGAGGUGUGUGUGUGUGUCUGUGUGUGUGUAGCUUUGUAUAAAAUUGUUUUUUCUUUUUCUAUUUUAUUUUUAGUUACCUGCUGCUUUUACUUUGUAAAAUGAUGUGUGCGCAUGUGAGAUCAUGUAUUUAAUAUGUCCGUGUAACAAGUGCCGGGGAGCCGAUGUCCUUCAUGUCCUUAAUGUUCAACAGCAGAGGACGAAAGGCGCAAAAAAAGAAAAGAAA